AUGGUUGUCUCAGAUGCUAAUCGAUUGAAUAGAGGUCUUAAUAAACCAUCUUACCAUUUCGAUAUGCCAGUAGUUGGAGAUUUGAGACUAGCCAUUAUAGGUCUUAAUGGUGUUUCUGGUUUAUGUGCUUUCGGUAAGAAAUAAAGGGAGGGGGGGGGGCGGGCUAAUUCAGCCUCUUCUUUAUUAAUCUUUGUUUUUUUUGUAUGAAAACUUACCAAAGGAUUCUAAUGCAGUGCAGUUUAAACUUCACAGAAACUAGUCAAUUAUCUCUACAAAAAGAAAAACAAAAAAACUUUUAUAAAUUAUUUAUUUUUGCUUCCAUUAUCUCGAGAGAGUGUAUAAGUAAAAGAUAGAUUAUUUCUUCAUAGAAAUAGUCAAUUACUCUUUUUUCUUUUUGAAAAAUCUUCUUGUUUUUAAAUAAAUCGAUUAAUUCCAACAAGGAAUGAAGUUCACUUCGAACAUAGAUAUAGUUAUGGGAAGAGAUCCUUACAUUAAAAUUGUUCAAAAAUAAAUUAAUUCUAUUAAACAUGCGUGAAAAGACUAAAAAGUAUCUAAAAAAUACUUUUUACCUUGAAAGACUUCAAGUUCGUAUUUGUAGUAUUGAGAGUAACGAUAUUUGCAUGGGUAUGGGCGUGGGUGUGGAUAUGAGUGUGGUUUCGAUGUGGGUGUCGAUCUCUUGUAUUCACUUACACCCAUUCUCACACCGACUCACAUCCACACCCACACCCACUUAUUAAAAUGUACUUUCCCAAUCAAUAAUUGUUCUCAAUUUUCUAUAGUAAAAUCUAAUACACAGUUUUCACAAGUUGAUCACGGAUUUGGAUUCCCCAACAUCCAUUGCUUUCAGUGAAGCAUUUUC